AAAGGGAAACAACAUAGAGAAAGCGAGAAGAACAAGGGACAGGAAUUGAACAUAGAAUGGAUAGGGUGUUUUCAGUGGAGGAAAUUUCCGACCAAUUCUGGUCGGCGCAUCUCAGGCCGCCACACUCGCAGUCCCGGCCACCAUCUGCUGGAAGUCUACCAUUGGAAGAAUCUUCAAGAAUGAACAGGAGCGAGUCCGAGUGGGCCUUUCAACGUUUUCUCCAGCUCGAGGCCUCCUCCAACGCUGAGACCCAGACCGAGACCGAAUCUGCCGUCCACCCGAACAAAGAAGUUGUCGUCGAGAUCGGGGACGACGAGGACAACACCAAGAAUGCUAAUAAUAUUAGUAAUCAUAAUAAUAUUAUUCGGAACAAGUCUGCCACCAGUACCGCUUCCACGUCGUCUUUCGGCGAGAGCUGCACAGCGCCCUUUAAUGCACCUCCUCCCAAUAUCCCCAUCGAUUCCGACGAGUACCAGGAUUUCCUUAAAAGCAAGCUUAAUCUUGCUUGUGCUGCUGUGGCUUUAACUCGGGGACCUCUAGUGAAACCCCAAGAUUCUGCUGCUUUAUCUGAUAAUGGAUUACAGGCUUCCAAUACUUCACAACUGGGAUCCCAAGCGCCUUCUAAAGGAGCUGGGUGUGAUUCAUCCUGGUCACGAGAAAAGGACUCUAAUGGAUCACUUGGAAUUCCGUCCUUACCGGUGCAAAAGAAAUCUGGGGUCCCAGCUAGGCCAACAACAAGUGGAUCAUCGAGAGAACAGUCAGAUGAUGAAGAAGUUGAAGGAGAAAAUGAACUAACUGAGAAUAUGGAUCCUUCUGAUGCAAAACGUGUAAGGAGUUUGAAGUUGACAACGGAAACUCACUUUCAAUGGUAUCAAGAGUUUGUUCCACAAAAAGCAGAUUCCAGCAAUAUGGGCUAUGUAUUCUCAUGCCAUAUAGAAAAGCCAUUCAUGUGUACUGCAAAAUCCUUGAUGCUUUCCAAUAGAGAGUCGGCUAGACGCUCAAGAAGAAGAAAGCAGGCUCAUUUGACUGAGCUUGAGACGCAGGUUGCUCAACUAAGAGUUGAAAACUCUUCCCUUUUAAAGCGUCUUACUGAGAUCACCCAGAAGUACAAUGAAGCAGCUGUUGACAAUAGAGUUUUAAAAGCAGAUGUCGAAACAUUGAGAGCAAAGGUUAAGAUGGCAGAGGAGACUGUCAAAAGAAUUACUGGACUGAACCCGUUGUUCCAUGCCAUGUCUGAUAUAUCCUCAAUGGGAAUGCCAUCAAUUAAUGGAAGCCCUUCUGAUACAUCAACGGAUGCUGCUGUGCCUGUGCAAGAUAACUCAAAUCAUCACUUUUUUCAACCUAGUAUGAACAAUAAUAUGCCCACUCAUGAUAUGGGAGUCAACCAUGGCUUGGCAGACGUUACUUCUGUUGAAAAUGUGCAGCGGAAUUCUACAGUAGCUGCAGCAGGAGGAAGCAAGAUGGAAAGAACAGCCUCCAUGCAGCGAGUGGCUAGUUUGGAGCAUCUUGAGAAGCGGAUCCGGGGCACAAGUCCUUGUGGAACCCAGUCCAAUGGGGAGUAGUAGCAAGUAGAACAACUCAGAUGUGAAGAAGCAUCUUCCUUAGGAUGAUUUUGAGAAUGAUCUCACUGCAGUACUAUUAUUGGUUUUGCUGCAUGUAAGAAAGCCUAUUUUUUUUGUUGAAAGGGGAAGAAAAAUGCCGUUACUUGAACCUCUAUGUAUUCAACUUUACUGAACAUUGUGAAUGAUAAAUUUGACACUAUUCUGUCAAUAUGAACUCCUAACAACACUGGGGAUGAAUAAGAUAUAGCAAAUUUCCGAUU